GCUUUAUUAUUGGUCCAAAUGAAGUGAAGUGGUUAUGGAGGCAGACACACUUGAGGCAAAGCUUUUACUCUGUGCUAAAGAGGGAAACUGUGCUGAUAUGCAGAGGCUCCUUGAGUCGAGAAUCAACCAAAGCAGCUCUCUCAACGUCAACUGCAGAUCAAAGUCUAAAGCCAGCUCAGGAUGGACCCCCCUCCAUCUGGCCUGUUACUUUGGACACAGGGAUGCUGUGGAGGAGUUACUCAAGGCAGGUGCCGAUGCAAAUUUGCAGAAUAACAUGGGUGACACACCUCUACACAAAGCCGCAUAUACUGGAAGAAAGGAGAUCGUUCUGUUGCUGCUGCGGUACGACGCCUGUUCCAACAUAAUCAACGGAACUGCUGAAAUCCCAAAAGAUGUCACAGAGGAUGAUGAAGUCAAAACAAUGCUGGAGGCUGCAGAGAGAAGAGAGACAAGGCGGCGGGAGGAGAAGCUCCUGGAAGCAGCCAGAGAGGGGGACAUCACCACUCUGUCUAAACUGCUCAGUGGAAAAGAAGCUCCAGAUAUUCACUGCAGGGACCGGGUUGGGAACACGCCCUUACACUGUGCAGCCUACAGGGGGCAGAAGCAGUGCAUUAUUAAGUUGCUCAAGUCUGGAGCCAGCCCCAGUACUAAAAACAACAAUGACCAGACAGCGUUAGACCUGGUCCGCAGCGAUGACCUGAGACCGACUCUAGCAGCCUAUCAAGACAAAGAUGAGAGCAGCGGGGUGCAGAAGAUUGAAGGCCAUCUUUGGAAGAGUUCACGCUUUUUUGGAUGGCGCUCCCACUGGGUGAUCAUUGAGGAUGGAACUCUCUCCUGGUAUCCCAAACAGGCAGAUGCAAUGGCUGGUGCCAGAAAACAGGGCUGUAAGUCCCUAACACAAGCCUACUGCAUGGUCAAACCAUGGGAUCAUUGCUUCUUCAUGCUCAGGUGCUUUGAUGACACUGUACAUCAUUUUAAGGUCUCCUCAAAGACAAAUUCAGUGGCAACAAGAAAAAGAUGGUUGGAUGCCUUUGAGGCACAUUCGUCCUAUAGCACAUGCCACUGCACCGAGGAACAGAUUAUCAGCCAUCCUGACGGUGACGGUGACGUGACAGUGAGGAAUCUGUCACAAGCCCUUCAGGCAGCCAGCGCUUCCCAGCAGAAAUUGGAGAGUGAAGCGUCGAUAUUUCUAUCGAUGGUGAAGAAUGAGGAGAAUUGUGCGCUGGCUGCCCCUCUGUUACUGAAAGCCAAAGAGACCAGUGAGCUCUCCAGUGAAACCUGUGCUGCUCUCCAUCUGUGCCUUGAACUGCUGUCAAAACAGGAGGAGGUGUGGAGCCUGAAGUUCGAGCAGGAGGUGGAGAAGAGCAAAGCUCUGACAGAGGCCCUGCAGACAUUGGCAACUGAGCACCACGAACUCAAGCACUCUCUGUGCAAGAGCAGGAGGUUGUCUACCCUCAGCGCCCUCACUGAAGAUGACUUCUACGAUGCUCAGUCAGAGUCGGAUUCGGAGCGCUCGGUGAGCGGCUUCCUGUCUGUGGCCAGUCACUCCCGUGAAGAGGACGAGGGGAGAGACGCCCCCCUUCUCAGCAGCAGCCGCCGCCAUCCCAGCGCUCCCGGGGGGCCUACCAGAAUGUCAGGGGAGGGUAACCAUGGCAACCAGCACAAUGGAGUCGAGAAUCACAGAACAUCUCUACCGACUCCCAUGUUCUCGAGGAAUGACGUCAGCAUCUGGAGUAUCCUGAAAAAAUGCAUUGGCAUGGAGUUGUCAAAGAUUGCCAUGCCUGUGAUAUUUAAUGAGCCUCUGAGUUUCCUUCAGCGGUUAACAGAAUACAUGGAGCACACCUACCUCAUCCACCAGGCCAAUGCCACAACAGACUCUGUCGAGAGGAUGAAGUGUGUGGCAGCAUUUGCUGUGUCUGCUGUAGCGUCGCAGUGGGAGAGGACUGGGAAACCCUUUAACCCACUACUGGGGGAGACCUAUGAGCUCGUCAGAGAAGAUUUAGGCUUCAGGUGGGUGUCGGAGCAAGUGAGCCAUCACCCUCCAGUCAGUGCCUUUCAGGCUGAGGGCCUCAAUGAGGAUUUUGUCUUCCAUGGCUCCAUCUACCCGAAACUCAAGUUUUGCGGGAAGAGCAUAGAAGCUGAGCCCAAGGGCCUCAUCACACUGGAGCUGCCCAAAUAUAAUGAAGCCUACACCUGGACAAACCCCACCUGUUGUGUCCACAACGUCAUCGUCGGUCAGCUUUGGAUUGAGCAGUACGGCAGCAUGGAAGUGAUCAAUCACAAGACCGGAGAGAGAUGCAGCAUGAUGUUCAAGCCCUGUGGCCUCUUUGGGAAAGAGCUGCAUAAAGUGGAGGGAUACAUCCUAGACAAAAGCAAAAAGAAGCUAUAUGCAAUAUAUGGCAAAUGGACUGAAUCCUUAUACACACUAGAUCCCGAUACCUUUGAUGCCCACAAAAAGACUGACAAAAAGAAUUCGGAUGAAAAGAAAGACAGCAAACGGGGCAGUGUGGAUGAGGAGCCGGAAGAGAUGCCUCCACCUGAUGCUGAGACGGUCCAGGUCAUCCCAGGCAGUGAGCUCAUCUGGAAGAUAACGCCACGACCAGACAACUCAGCCAAGUUCUAUGCGUUCUCCACAUUUGCCAUGCACCUAAAUGAGCAGGUCAAGAGCAUGGAGGGGGUUACUCCCCCAACAGACAGUCGCUUCAGACCCGACAUUCGCGCCAUGGAGAAUGGCGAUAUAGAUGUGGCAAGUUCAGAGAAGAAGAGACUUGAGGAAAAGCAGAGAAUGGCCCGGAAAAAUCGCACCAAAUCAACCAAUGAAUGGAAAACAAGGUGGUUUCAGCAAGGACAAAACCCUCACAACAAAGCUCGGGAUUGGCUCUACUUGAAUGGCUACUGGGAGAGGAACUACACUCACCUGCCUGACAUUUACUAAUAAGUAGAAAUACACAAGAAUACACAUACACAACAUGGAUUUCUACUUUUAUUACCUUUUGGACUUUAUCUCUACUGGUGUUUGUGCAAGGGCAUGCAACAAUGUUGCAGAGCCGAUACAGAACGGCAGAUAGGGUCGAGGAAAUAUGCUUGAAAAAUGUCUUGAAGCAGUAAAACACUGAGUGAACACCAGUGGCAUAUAUUCUUCUUUAUAGAUGUGUGUGAACAGUGAAGCACAAAACCUCUUAAGCUUAUUAAUUGUGGUUCUUGACCACUAACGUAUGAUUAUAGGCAUUUAGUAGAAAAACUAGAAUGUAUAUUUUUUACACACAGACACACAAUAAUAUAUAAAAUGAGUGUGUUGUCAGUGUGGAAACAUUUUACUCAUGAGCUUCAGUGCACAGAGCGGACAAUGCCACAGCGCUACAAACUGCUACAACGGAGGGCAUGAUGGUGCAUCCUGAGCACAUCGAUUAGACGUUGAUUUAACACUGAUUGUACUUGUGCAUGCUAAAAUGCAGUACGAAGUAUCCAAAUAGACAACUUGGGAACAGGUGCAUAUUUAUUUCGUGUUUAAAUGUUUAAAAUCGAGUUGUUUGCAUAGUCUGCUGCAAAGAUGAUGGCAAGUAAAAUGUUACAUCUGACAAGUGUACUGUAGCCGGUACCACAUCAGUGAAAUUAUCAAUAAUUGUUUAGAAUAUAUAUAUAGCAUUAAGUCCCAAACUAUGUAUUGUAUUGAUAACAGCAUUGCACAUAAGUCUACCUGACUCUGUGGACACAGUAGCAUUUAUUUCUAACUAUACUGAUCCAGGGACACUAGCUCUGCACCUGUAGAUUUGUGUGUGUAAAAGUCUUGCCAUAGUUAAGUUCAAUUAGCUGUUAAACUGAUGUAUUUAAAGUUCAACAUCACAAUAAAUGCAUGUGCAUCACUAGAACUAUGCAAGCCUUACCUCCUUCACGAUCAAGCACUGAAUAUUCCUUUUCUCGUGUUGUGGAUAUAGCUGCUAUAGGUUUUAGUAUUUUCUGUUAUCAGUCUUUUGGGUAUCAAAACAGAGUUUCUAUUGUUGCUAAAUAAAAGCUUUGUGCUGACACUACGUUCUUGAUUUUGUGCUAUUCGGUGUAAUUUUAAGGGAACAUCUUCAUUAGAUUGGUGUCUGUUGGAUUAAGGUGUUACAAGAUGAGUGGCAUUCAAAAGAUAGAUAUUUUACUAUAUGCUGUCAACCCCACUGCCUGGGUGACCGCUUAGCGACAGAUCAUUUGUCUAGACCUUCCUAUUUUACUGAUUUACCAACAAAUGAUGUGACUGUUCUAUUUGUCCCAAGGGGAUCAGAAAAAUCAAGGUUUCAAAUUCCUGGCAGUAAUUAUAUGUGACUAUAUUUAAGAAUUAUUUCCUUAGUAUUAAGGUGUUUCUAAUAUGUUCCAGGUUGAAAAAUACCAAAGUUCCCCUUUAACAUCAGCAGCGUUAUUUGUCAGCUGUUAAAAGAUCAUUUGUUGUUGAACAAUGCAUCAUGUGCAUUCAUCAUGUACACCUAAUCAAGUUUAGGAUGCAACAAAAUUCAGUUUUACCAUAUUCAUUUUAUUAUCUUAAAACAAAACAAUAUAAAUAGGAACCAAUAUACAGCCAGCAGUGGCACUGCACAUCUAGGCCACUCACAACAUGUUGAUCUAUGAAAACCUGUGUGCACGACAUAUUUACACUGAUAAAAACAAUUCUGCUUAAAAAACAGGGGCUACACAAAAGACAAAACUUUUAGCACUCAUGCGUUUGGAUUAGCAAAGCAUUUACAUCUCAAAUGUCUACGUCAGAAGCCAACACUAAGAUGGCUGAGUCAGUUAAUACUGAAUAUGUGCUAUUACUCUACUUGACCUGAAGCAAUAUGACUGCUUUUCAUCUGAUUUGACUGGCAUCUAGUUUUGAAAUUAACCAUGUAAACAAUAAUAAAUACCCAAUGUAUUAAAAAGUACAGUAACAGAUAAAUACCUCCUGUAACUGUUAUCCCAUGUGUGUAUUGCACAUAAUUCAAAAUAAUGCAUUGGCUCAGAAUCCAAAAAUUCAAAAAUAUAAAUUAAAACAAAUAAAACAGUGUAUCACUAGUGACCUGAAUGAUAUUGUGGCUUUUCAUAGACAUUUCCGAGGUGCAGAUAAAAUGUCACGGCUGCGCUGCAGCAGCCCUCAUUGAGGCGAGAGCAGAGUGAAUACGAACAUGGAGCCUGUUCUCAAAGUCAUAGCCGGCAUAGUCCUCCUGCAUAGUCCAUGAAAAGAGACAAAAACAAUAGAAUCAAAUAUUAUAUUUGUGCUUUGCAGUCAGCACACAUCAGACUGAUCAAUGCUCUCACUGCCCAACCAUGUAGCAGCAUAGCAUAGCCAUUAAAGAAGCAGAGAGCCCACUGCGCUGCUCCUCCUGUCAGACACUGCUGCAUGAGCUAAGGCAUGCACAGCUGGCCGUUGCGGGAGAUCUGUCAGCUGCCCAUCCCACUAACAUCAGAGCUGCUGCACUCAGUGUACCACAGGCAAUGCAGAUACCAUGUACUGUACCGACAUAGCCCUUUGGAACGGCAUCUCCGCCAUCUAUUUAGUCACAAUUUUUCGUUAUUACUUACCAUGUUCAGCCACCUCUCUGGGGAAUACUAUUCUGUCAAGCUCAGUGUGGAUGGGAUGUGGCCUGCUUUGCUUUGUCAUGACCACAUGCUGAGGUCAGACAAUGCAAAAUCAACAGGGCAGUCUGAGGUCUCAGGAGGGCACAGAACCGUGUCUACAUGGGGCAGCAUAACAGAGGACGUCCAGGUAACCGUAUGAACAUAGUGACAGGUACCUGGCAUAGCCUCAGCCAGCCACUCUCAUCGGUUCCCUGAGAACGUGGAUGGAGACUAUGCUUUUCUAUGCAAAUGAGCGUCGUUCCUUGUGAAGGCGGACAUGUUUGCGCACUCUGAGGACUGCUGAGAACAUUUCCUUCAACGGGAGUUUCAUUUUCUCGGUCAGUGCAUCAUGAUGUGGUGACUGAGCAGGGGGACGACAAGCCUGUUUGCAUGGAGGUCGCUUUUCAGACCACACAAACCCAGUCUACAUUCACGGCCUAUGGAGUUGGUUGGCUGCUGUUUUUCCUUGACUUCAGAGGGAACCAUGCAUUUGGCUUGCCUUUACUUUAUUGGUUACGCUAUUAUCUGAUCAGGUGUCCAUCCUAAACACUUUGUUAAGACAUCUAAGAGAUCUCCCCCAGGCUUCGUCAGGGGUAAACUAAUAAUGAAGCCUGUUAGCGGAGAACUAGUCAUGCUACUUGCUACCGACUACUUAGUGAAUUCACAAUCAAUAAGCAAAUGAUAACCAGCACACCUCUUCAGAAAGCACAGAGCAAAAAAGCACUGCAAUUAAGAAACCUACUAUACCUUAGCCUGAAGCAUCAGCACUCUGCUCUUCCCUGCAGACUGGGGAAAAAACAAUAAAAUAUUUAUGUGACCGUUCCACCAUCUCAGAUAAGGGAAACAGUAUCUCUUACCACCACACACACAAACUUGCCUCUGGGCUGUUCAGCAGCACACAACCCAGUUCAUAGCAGGAGUAGGGCUGCACAUAAGAGUUGCUCAGACGACCAACCUCAUCUCUUGCAGCCAGAUGGAAAAACUGCAAAGAAAGAGGGAGGAAAAGAUCUGUGGUGAAACACUAGUUAUUAGGUAUAGCUUUCAUCACCACAGUGGUGACUUAUGUGAUGAGCAUGCUGUUUAACUAAAACAAUCCUACAACUACAACGGUAAGUGCAGUGUAUCCUGUAUUGCCUCAUAAUUCCACACCACAUUGCAUUAUUAAAUUUGACAUAUAGGAGUACCUGAAUGGCAUCGUUGGUGUUUUGAAGACAGCCGUUUAUGGCACCAAGAAGCAGGUUUUUCAGGCCUGUGCAUGAGGCAUCGUCGAUCCUUUGCAGGACUAGAACAAGAUAAAUACAGUUAUGCUACUCCCGAUGACAACAAACACUCGUCUGCUGAUUAAAACAUUUCAUAUGGAGUACCUUGUAUCAUUGUCUUAAGCUUGGCAGUAGAGCAGUUGGGCAGAGCUUUCCACAGGUAAAGAAUCUCAAUCACAGACAGGAUGCAGAGUUCUUUGGAUAGACUGGGGGUCCUUAGUUUCUCAGCCUGAUAAAAUAUGUGCACACAUACUUAUUCUCACUGUACUUUCACCAGAAAAUGUGCAAUGGAAAAUCAGCAGGACACGUACUCACCCUCUUCGUGGAGAACAACUCUAUCUGAUUGUUCUUGCGUUUGAAAAGUCUUUCAACAUCCUUGAAAACCUUGACAGCUCCCUCCAGAUCACCUGUGGCUCCUUGGCACACUACACAACACAACAAAAUAUAACAUGGAUUAUGAGCCGGUGCCAAACUCACAAGCAAUGUCCUUAAUUUCUUCUUUUGAACUGUUACCACCUCCAGUUAAAUAGGCGUAAUAGCACUGGGAC